UCCGGGUGUUAGCUCCGACCUAGGUUUUACGACUCUCUCUCUCUCUCUCUCUCUCUCUCUCUUCUGGAACAGGCCGCAGGCCCAAGGCUUCUUCGGUCUCGUCGUGCUUCUCGCUUUGUUAGGCUCGUCCGGGGCGAGGGAGAGAGGGUGGCAGCGAGAGAGAGAGAGAGUGUCCAGCCGGGGAGCUCGCUCCGUCGAUGGCCGCCGAGACCGAUGAUCAGCUCCUCAAGAGCUUCCUCGCCGAGGUCAGCGAAGUCGAGCGGGACAACGAAGUCCGCAGGAUUCUUUCAUGCUUCAAGUUAAAUCCUUUUGAGCAUCUUAAGUUACCAUUUGAUUCAUCUCCUGAUGAAGUGAAGAAGCAAUACCGCAAGUUGUCUUUGCUGGUUCACCCUGAUAAGUGCAAGCAUCCCCAAGCAAAGGAAGCCUUUGCAGCACUGGCAAAAGCUCAGCAAUUACUGCUUGAUCCACAAGAAAGGGAUUAUAUUCUUAACCAAGUCAGUGCCGCAAAAGAAGAGCUUAGGUUAAAGAGGAAGAAAGAGUUGAAGAAGGACAAUGCUUCGAAAAUAAAGGCACUGGUAGAUGAGGGAAAGUAUGAAGUGCAGUAUGAGCAAUCAGAAGAAUUUCAGCAGCAGUUAAAGAUAAAAGUUCGUGAAAUAUUAACUGAGCAAGAAUGGCGUCGAAGGAAAAUGCAAAUGAGGAUAUCAGAAGAGGAAGGAAGGCUGAAAAAGGAUGAAGAAGAGACAAAGGAGAUGAUGAAAAGGAAGCGUGAACAUGAGGAACAGUGGGAGGAAACAAGAGAUCGGCGAGUUUCAAGCUGGAGAGAUUUUAUGAAGUCUGGGAAGAAGGGUAAGAAAGGCGAGAUAAAACCCCCGAAGCUCAAGACAGAAGAUCCGAACAAAUCUUACGUGCAAAGGCCGGUAAAGCGCGGAUGAAACCGGCACCAUUUAGGGGCCCUUCGAUCUUAUUAGAUGAGCAGCUGAAUGGUUGGUGGUGUUAGUAGCUGUGGAGCAAUUCUGCGGCCGAAAGAUAAGGUGGUUAAAAACCUCGGGCGUCCUUCGUAUCGUUUUAUUUUGUUUCUACUGCGAUUUGAAGUCUAUCAAAAUAUCUGCAGAGUAAUUCACUUGUCAUUACAAGUGGUUGGCGAAAUGUAUUUCUAUACAAAAAUCAAUCAUGUUGAUUCUGCAGGGUAAUUUGAUUCUGGAAGGUAAAGGUGGAUCUUUUUACUUGAAAAUGGCCUCAAGAUUAGCGAUCAGGAUUAGCCCGUACAUGUUUGUCCAACAAUAGUUAUUCAUCCCAAGUAUAAAAAUAAAGAAGAAAAUUGAUAUUUUUAUUUA